GCUAGUUUACUGUUCUUAUCUGGUCUUCCAGUCUGGUCAGGCUGGUUUUAGGUCGGUUUAUUACUUGUUUAACUCCCUGCUUUAAAAUCCAGCUUGUUUUGCUGGACCAAGUCAUUUGUUGUUUUUUAAACCAACUGGUAAGCAGUGUUGGGGAAAGUUACUUUUAAAAGUAAUACAUUACAAUAUUGCGUUACUCCCUAAAAAAAGUAACUAAUUAUGUUACUUAAUUACUUUUUUGAAAAGUAAUAUGUUACAUUACUUUUGCGUUACUUCUUAAAUCUGUAUUAAAAUUUGUUUUUAUUAUAAAAAGUUAAAUUUUUGGCGAACAUAAAAGCCCUUUCACACUUCAGGCUGAAUUAACGUCUGUAAAGUAGAACACGAAAAGAAGAAAGUUCACUCUUUAGAAAUUAAAAAAGAAGAACAAAUGUUAGUUCAUCUUGAGUAAUUUUUCUUAUUAGUAUGGAUGAAUUAGAUCGAGGGUCAGUAGUUAAUAAAAUGGGAUUAAAUACAUAAAGUUAACAUUUAAUUAUGACAGGUUUGCGUCAUAUUCUGAAUAGAAUUUCAGUGUUUUUAUUUAUUUUAAGGAAUACUGAAUCUGUUUUUUGUAAGUGAGAUUAACGCAUGUUCACAUUUAUUCUAGAACCAAAGUAACAUUUUUCUCCUGAUUUCUCUCACAAUCAUAGGGACAGGAGAGUAACUGGCGUUAUUUAUUUAAAAAAAGUAACUCAGCUAUUUUCUUGUAAAUUAAAAAGUAACGUGUUACUUUACUAGUCAAAAAGUGAGAAAAGUAAUCUGAUUACGUAACGUGCAAUGCGUUACCCCCAACACUGCUGGUAAGUGGUUUAUUGCCGGUUUGGACUAGCUAGAAACCUGCUAACAUGUUCUAAACACAACUAUUAUUUUACAGCAGAUGCUAUUAUACCCAUUCCUCCUCACAUGAAUGUUUAGAAUGAACUAAAGUAUAUUUUCUACCUUUCAUUAGGGAUACAUUAGAAUUCAUCUAAGUACAAAGCACUCUUUUAUAAGUCUUUCCAGGUAAAGCAAACACUUUAGUCCGCUGACGAAAGCGGUACAAUGUAAACAAAGUGAAUGUAUGGUAAACUAGUGCGGUACAUAGUAUUGGAGGAUUUAUACCCCGCCCAGGGAGGAGUGGAUGCAUCAUGAGCAGAUCUGGAGACAGACAGGAUGUUAACACGACUUCUCACAGCUGGAGCUGAAAGAUCUGGAUUUCCUCUCCACAUCAUCCCUGUUUCUGUGAUUCACUCUGUUAGUGUGUCAGAAUGGGCUAAAAACAAUUGCUAGCACCUGCGCACCAUACACCUGGACCCUCCACAGUCUCACCUGUGCACAGGUGGCGAGUCGCGACACCACCAUGCCGGCUCCUCGGAGGAAGGUGAAGGUCAUGGUGAUGAUGACGAUGGUGUUCAUCUUCAUAGUGGUGGAGGUUUCUCGCAAUGCUGGGAAGGGCGACAGCAACAAAAAUAAGCAGCUGGUUCCAACGAACCGUUUCUGGGCAAAAGAUGUUCCCAGUAAAGCCUACUGGAAUCGCCAGCAGCAGCAGUUGAACUACAUCAACAACCGCAACCUUGGAAAUCUCAACUUCACGAUCGAUAAGCUUCCAGACUGGCUAAACGACACAGUCAGUCUGGAUUCCUGUGAGCCAGACUUCAGGGUGACCACCCAAGUCAAGGAUUAUAACUCGCUACCGGAUCGCUUCAAGGACUUCCUGCUUUAUAUGCGAUGCAGAUCCUAUCCCAUCGUGAUGGACCAGCCAAACAUAUGCAAAGACCCACCGUUUCUCCUCCUAGCUAUUAAAUCUUUAGUCCCGCAUUUCGAUCGACGUCAGGCCAUCCGCGAGUCAUGGGGCAAAGCUGGUCGCCUUGCAAACAGAACAGUCGUUACGGUGUUUCUUCUUGGAAACGCAGCCACGGAGGAUUACUUCCCUGAUCUCUCAAAGAUGCUCCACCAUGAGAGCUCCAUACAUGGAGAUAUUCUUCAAUGGGACUAUAGGGACACCUUUUUCAACCUCACCAUCAAGGAAGUGCUUUUCUUGGAAUGGCUGAGCACACGUUGUCCUGGAGUAAAUUACGUCUUUAAGGGCGAUGAUGAUGUUUUUGUUAACACCAUCCGCAUUAUAGACUUCCUAAGCAAUCUGUCUAGCGCCAAAGCCAAGGAACUGUUUGUAGGAGAUGUGAUUACCAACGCCGGUCCACAUCGGGACAAAAAGGUCAAGUAUUUUAUCCCAGAAAGCAUGUUUGUUGGAAGCUACCCUGCUUAUGCAGGAGGGGGCGGUUAUUUGUUCUCAGGACAGCUGGUCCAGAAACUUCAUAAUGUCUCGAGGCUGGUGCCCCUCUACCCCAUUGAUGAUGUCUACACAGGUAUGUGCCUUAAGAAACUGGGCCUUGCGCCUGAGAAGCACAAAGGCUUCAGGACCUUCGAUAUCGAGGAGAAAUAUCGCAAUAAUGCCUGUGCCUAUAAGAGCCUGAUGCUGGUCCAUCCCAGAAGUCCUCAGCAUAUGAUUAAAAUCUGGGCUUGGCUGAAUGACCCAGCCUUGAACUGUCAGUGAACUGCUGAAUUCAGGAUUAUGGCUGCUUUAAAGGGAUAGUUCACGCAGAAAUGCUAAUUCUGUCAUCAUUUACUCACCCUCAUGACAUCCCAAACCUGUAAGACUGACUUCCUUUGUUUUCUUUCAUUAAUUUGACCACAAAAACACUGCUUUUUUUUGUUUUGUUUUUUGUUUUGUUUGGGAUCCUUUUUUUUUUUUUUUUUUUUUUUUUUUUUUUUUUUUUUUUUUCCUCCUUUUUUUUGGACCCCAUUGACUUUCAUUAAAUGGACAUUCUUUUGUAUUAAGUUUGGAACAACAUAAGAAUAAGCAAAUUAUGACAAUAUUGUCAUUUUGGGGUGAACUAGCUCUUUAACAUUUUACGAUUGUUCUAAUGUGAUUUUUAUUUAGCGUCUUAUUUACUUGAUUUCAUGUCAAAAUAGGGCUGCAAAAUGGUUAGUUGCGAUUAAUCGAUUCAAAAUAAAAGUUUAUGCUUGCAUACUAUAUGUAUGUACACGGUGUAUAUUUAUUAUGUGUAUAUAUAAAUUAGGACUGCAUGAUAAAUCGCAUGCUAUUAUCAUGCGCGUUUAAUUAAAUAAUCGCGAUUAAUCACAUCCAAAAUAAGUUUUUGUUUAUACAAUGUGUGCAUGCUGUGUAUUUAUUAUGUAUAUAAAUGCACACGCAUACAGUAUAUAUUUUGAAAGUAUUUACAUGUAUACAUUUAUAUAUAAGUGAUAUGAUAUACAAAUAUUUUUGAGAUAUAAAUUUUUUUCUUAAAUAUACAAAUGCAUGUUUGUUUGUUUAUAUAUACAUAAUAAAUGCAUUUUGGAUGUCAUUAAUUAAUUGCUUGACCGCACUAAUACAAAUACAUUUUAAUUAUUUAGUACACACACAUAGUAUGCAAGCAUAAACUUUUAUUUUGAAUCUACUAAUCGUGACUAAUUGUUUUGCAGUCCUGUGUCAAAGGUCAGGAGCAACAGUGAGGUUUUCAGAUGUAUAUAUUUUAUACAUGGCUCUAAACUGCUACCCACAUAGUAUUGCCAUGGCUUGACUUUUUGUGUCAACAAAUUCUGCUGAUGAUAAGUAUUUAUACAGUGCCCUCUGGUUGUGAGAUUAGCUAUGCUGAGGAUUGUGGGAAAUGUAGUUCAGCUGGUCUGGACAUGGCACAGACAAUACAAAGCAUAAUUGUUUAUCAUUUGGAUAAAAUAUUUUUUUUUCCUAUAGGAGAAUUAUGUUGCAUUAUGCUGAAGUGAACAGAUGUGUUUAAACACUCAUACUUGUGUGUUUUUUUUUUUUUUGUUUUUUUUUUUUAAGGAUCUAUGCAGCCAUCACAAGCCUAAUCCAUAUUUGCUGCUUUAAUUCUCUGUAAUGUGUAUAGGAAUAUAUUGCCUUCCUGUUUUGCACACAAGCAGCCUGUGCGCGUCUAGAUUAAUGAGGAGUUGGCUCUUUUUAGAGCCCUAUUUGUGGGGACAGCGGUUUUGGAUACAAACUAAAUAUAGGCUGGCUACUCAAACUUCUAUAUAAGUACUUUUGACUUCAUGCAUCACUAUCUCUCCUCCUUCUACUGUAGAUUAUUUAUUUUUCCGCAGACGCAAACAAUCAGUUGCAAGGCAUAAUCUUAGUUUUGCAUUAACAGAUUAGCCAAGACCGGGUCAUUGCGUCAAAGAAAUGUACAAAAUCAUUAACUCCUUUGUUAAAGAAAGAAAGAAAAAAAAAAAAAAACCCUCUCAGAUCUGAUUUAGGAUGUGUUUUUUUUUUUUUUUUUAAGUUCUGGUCAAAAUCAAGCUUGCAAAUCAGUUAUGUGGUGUAAAGACGGAGAUAAGAAAGUUAAGAGCAAAUGAAAGGCUAUAGGUUUCAAAUCCGGGGAUUCCACUAUUUAACAUCUUGACUAAGUGAAUGAAACUACAGCCAAUUUUCCAGACCCAAAUUAAGCGUGUCGCAAUCAUGCUGUCGUUGCUUUUUUUUUUCCCUUCCUAUGAAGAGGCAAGAAAACAGGGUCUGGCCUGGAUGACUUAAUGACUUAAUUACUUAAUUUGACACAAGGGUUUUUAACUAUGUUACAGUGACCCCUGCUGGUCUGCCUAUGUGUUUUUUGUUUCCUUUUUAAAAUAAACACUGGAGCUUUUUAUAAUCUGCCUUCAGCUUGAUAUUUAAAUAAUAUCUAUGCCAGUCAACUAGUAAUUCAAAUCUAUUUUUCUGUUUAUCAUUAUUGAAUCAUUAUUACUAUGUCUCUUAUUGAAAAAUGAAGACACUUAGGCCUAGUAAUUAUCAUAGGCUGUGCUGACUAUGUCCACUCUAUAAAUAUAAUGUUAGCCUUCAGUCUGCCUCAUUGGUUGCUUGCUGAAGAGUUAAAUCAAGCUUGUGUCAUGUAGUGUUUAUGUAGUGUCACAAUUUGUAGUGUUUAAUAUUAAGUUGUCCACCCAGCUAUGAGGAAUGAGAGUUGUAAGAAUAUUUUAUGUUGUCUUUCUGCUAAUAAUAAGACAGGCAUACCGUUUAACAGACUGAUGUAGUGUUUGGUGGGAGAAACAAAGUGUUUACAUGAGUUCAUGAACAGUACAAAAAGCUUGUAUUUAUAAACUACAAUUUUAUUCAUGACAAAGGUAGAUUAUGCAAGUUUUUAUACACUGGUAUUUACUGUGCUCCUGUGAGUUGUCUAACUCUUCAGGCCGUUGUUGUUGUUGUUGUUGUUGUUGUUGUUGUUUUUUAUCUGUGCAUAUUGUAGAAAAUGAACUCCUGUUCUAGCCUUAUGUUGUUCACAAAUGUGCUGUUUAUGUAUUAGAAAUUCUUUUAAAAGUAAUUUAGUUAUUUUUGGUACUGCCUUUAAUUCUUUAUGUCCAUCAUGAGAUAUCCAAAUGUUAAUAUGAUGCCUUAAUGUGGCUUUAGGUGUGUGUGUGUGUGUGUGUGUGUGUGUGUGUGUGUGUGUGUGUGUGUAGAGGCUGCAGAGUAUGAUUGUGAAAAUCCAGUUUUAAAAAAUCAAAUUGCUGUCUUUUUAAAUGAUGCCGUUUGUGUUUUUGAAUUAUUUCUCAGUCAUGUCUAUAUGGAAUUUCUGAAACUAUAAUUGCUUUCUGGUCUUUUAUUCUUGUUCCCCACAUUUUUUAUUAUUUUUUUUUUUUUUAAGAGCAGAUUAUUUUUUUUGCCACAUUUAUAUGCUGAUUAUUUUCUGACAAACCUCUUACCAAAAACACAUUGUGAACUACAUAAACUUGGCGACCAAAAUGUGCCUGUUAAUAUUUCUGAUUAUGAAUUGUCUGUCUUUUGUAAUUGAAUAUGCACAAUUAUGUUUGUUUUGUCACACUUGUCUCCCUUUCAGAUUGAAUUCUUAUAAUAAAUAGAAUAAACUGUUUUGUACCUCUGUC